UUUUUUCGCCUAACAGCGCAAUUCGUUGCCCACUACUACUCUACCUUCGAUUCCGACCGCAAGAACCUCGCUGGUCUCUACCGCGACAACUCUAUGCUCACCUUCGAGGGUGCCCAGUCUCUCGGUGCCCAGGGUAUUACUGAGAAGCUUACUUCUCUCCCAUUCCAGAAGGUCAAGCACGAGUACGGCCCGCCCGAUGCUCAGCCCACCGCUACCGGUGGUAUCAUCAUCCUUGUCACCGGCCAGCUUAUUGUCGAUGACGAGCAGCGCCCUCUUGGCUACUCUCAGGCUUUCCAGCUCUCCCAGGACGCCUCUGGCCAGUGGUUUGUCUUCAACGACAUUUUCAAGCUUGUCCUUCUCUAAGCGAGUAGGUGGUGGAUGUGUGUGAAGAGAUGUUUUGAUUAUCUGAAGAGGUGGAUGAAUACCAAGGAAAUCAAAGAAAUGUCCAAAAGACGGGACUAUUGCGUUUGUGUGCAUGACUGAACGAGAAUAUCUUUUCUGCGCGCCUGUCUUCCUGGUGUAUGUGUUGCUGCUUGCUUCGUGUGUAACGAACGGAAGAAGAUGGAUGAAGCCGAGUUCGGCUGUCGACUGUUGAUGCUGAGGGGCCGGGCCUUCUCGAUAGACUAUGUAUGAACACCGAGGUAUAGGGGUCCACGAUGAUAAACGAAGUUUA